AUGAACACUCCUGUAUCCACUCCACCCGUCAACACUCCUGUAUCCACUCCACCCGUCAACACUCCUGUACCCACUCCACCCGUCAACACUCCUGUACCCACUCCACCCGUCAACACUCCUGUACCCACUCCACCCGUCAACACUCCUGUAUCCACUCCACCCGUCAACACUCCUGUAUCCACUCCACCCGUCAACACUCCUGUAUCCACUCCACCCGUCAACACUCCUGUAUCCACUCCACCCGUCAACACUCCUGUAUCCACUCCACCCGUCAACACUCCUGUAUCCACUCCACCCGUCAACACUCCUGUAUCCACUCCACCCGUCAACACUCCUGUAUCCACUCCACCCGUCAACACUCCUGUAUCCACUCCACCCGUCAACACUCCUGUAUCCACUCCACCCGUCAACACUCCUGUAUCCACUCCACCCGUCAACACUCCUGUAUCCACUCCACCCGUCAACACUCCUGUAUCCACUCCACCCGUCAACACUCCUGUAUCCACUCCACCCGUCAACACUCCUGUAUCCACUCCACCCGUCAACACUCCUGUAUCCACUCCACCCGUCAACACUCCUGUAUCCACUCCACCCGUCAACACUCCUGUAUCCACUCCACCCGUCAACACUCCUGUAUCCACUCCACCCGUCAACACUCCUGUAUCCACUCCACCCGUCAACACUCCUGUAUCCACUCCACCCGUCAACACUCCUGUAUCCACUCCACCCGUCAACACUCCUGUAUCCACUCCACCCGUCAACACUCCUGUAUCCACUCCACCCGUCAACACUCCUGUAUCCACUCCACCCGUCAACACUCCUGUAUCCACUCCACCCGUCAACACUCCUGUAUCCACUCCACCCGUCAACACUCCUGUAUCCACUCCACCCGUCAACACUCCUGUAUCCACUCCACCCGUCAACACUCCUGUAUCCACUCCACCCGUCAACACUCCUGUAUCCACUCCACCCGUCAACACUCCUGUAUCCACUCCACCCGUCAACACUCCUGUAUCCACUCCACCCGUCAACACUCCUGUAUCCACUCCACCCGUCAACACUCCUGUAUCCACUCCACCCGUCAACACUCCUGUAUCCACUCCACCCGUCAACACUCCUGUAUCCACUCCACCCGUCAACACUCCUGUAUCCACUCCACCCGUCAACACUCCUGUAUCCACUCCACCCGUCAACACUCCUGUAUCCACUCCACCCGUCAACACUCCUGUAUCCACUCCACCCGUCAACACUCCUGUAUCCACUCCACCCGUCAACACUCCUGUAUCCACUCCACCCGUCAACACUCCUGUAUCCACUCCACCCGUCAACACUCCUGUAUCCACUCCACCCGUCAACACUCCUGUAUCCACUCCACCCGUCAACACUCCUGAAUCCACUCCACCCGUCAACACUCCUGUAUCCACUCCACCCGUCAACACUCCUGUAUGCACUCCACCCGUCAACACUCCUGUAUCCACUCCACCCGUCAACACUCCUAGUCCAGUAUAUCCAGCACCACUUGGAAGUUUUACUGCAACUAGAGAGAAAGCUCCAACUGAAGAUAGCAAGCUGCAAGAACCUCCAGCAGGAAAACAUGAGUUCUUCACGCCGUCUUUGCGUGAACCAUCCAGAUGA